GGAAAAGUCCCACAUGAGGCAUUCCCCUCUGAACCAAGGUGAUAGAUCUGUUUGGUCCCAUGAUAAAGCAAAGGGGUCGUCCCCUCUCUGGGUCUGUAUAAAUGUGGAAGCAGAUGGAGCUCACACAGCAGAGGCAACAAGCUCAAAAAGCCGACUAAGACUCUAACCCACCGCUGCACUUGGACAAAAAGCCCACUCUCAGCUCAGGAAUGGCUGCUCCUCGUCUCGCUCUGUCUCUCCUGGUGGUGAUGCUGGCCCUCGUCGCGCUGACUGAAGGUAUGCGCGGCGCCGGCCCCAAGAAAUGCUGCUUUAACUUCAACACCAAAGUGGUUGCUAAAGAGAGAGUGGCUGGUUACAUCAAGACCAGCCAGCGCUGCUCCAACCCGGCCAUCUUGCUGAAGAUGGUGACCGGCCGCCAGCUGUGUGUCAAACCCUCCGUCCAGUGGGUGAAGGACCUCAUCACAUACCUGGAUGUCAAAGCUGCUCCGGGAGAGUCUUCCACCCUGUAAACACAUCAACAGAACCACAUGGACAACUUUCUGUUUACUGCUACUGAAAUUGUGACCGAACUAAAGCCCUCUGUCUGUCAAUGAUAUAUUCCAAUAUGUUUUUAUUUUCUUGGAUGAGAAAUAAGUAGAUUGUCUUUUUGUCAUGCAAAUGAAUUAUUUGUAUCUGAGUUACAGAUCCUUUAUUAUUGAUAUAGACCAGCAACACUGUGAACUACUUAGAUUGUAAUCUGACCUGAUAUGGGAGAUGUACUUACUGUAAAACAGUAAUAUAACCCAAUCCGCAGGGUGCCUUCAGUAAAGUAUAAGCUACGGGUUCCAGCUCUUACUGUGCAGAGAGCUUGUGACAUUUCUUUUCAAAUUUAAUUUAAAGUUGUUGUUUUUUUUAAUCGCGCUUUGAAUUUGUCACAAAAUGUAUACAAUUUAACAAAUAAUCAAUUGCUUCUGUGUAAUACCAGUUUCUUUCUCUUAAAUUAAAGCAAAAACAAUUUGUGGAAGGAAUUAUGUCUAUUAUGUCUUAUUGGUUAACAUAUAUUAUCCUUAUAAUGCCAAACGUAUCAUAUUUGAUACACACAGUUUCUUAAAUGUUUUGUAUCUGA